UGUGAAUCGGCUCAGAGAAUAUCCAUUUGUGAAAAGGAUUCAGAAUUACUGCAAGAUACAAAAGAACUGCUUAAGGGAACAUUGGGGCAAUUUGUAAAGGCCUUUUCUUUAGAUGCGUUGAACCCUUUGAGAGAUGUUACAACUUUAGAAAGGCCUCACCUCAACCAAUUUAUACAUCCGUUAAUUGAUAAUGCUUUAUGGAUUUUUGCAAAGAUUAAUUAUAUAUCUGGUGAAAUUUCAUUACAAGGAAAAACAAAAGUCAUGGCGGAUGGCGUUGGAUUUCUUAACGAUGUUUCAAAUUAUCAAAUUGUUUGCAUGGAAGGGGCAAAGCUGGGGGCAAGAAAGAAAAAAAAUGUUGACGACGAUGAGAAGAACAUCAGAAGCGUGAUACAACUGUUUAAUCAUAUAAUUGUAUCAGAAGCUAAAGAACGAAGACAAAUCUAUACCGGCCUUCGAAUAUUUGGUGCAACGGCUUAUAAAACCGAACUCUCUCUUACAAUGCUUGAUUUUCGUAGAACAUAUCGUUUGUUCGAAGUGGACAGUUUUAGUCUUCCAAAAGAUUGGGUAGACAUGCUAAAUUUCGUUUUUAUGUAUGAAGCUUUAAUAAAGUGGGCAGAUAAUUAUUAUACAGCUAUUUGUCCAUUACACGAGAGAAAAUUUGAUUGCUCAACGCAAAAAGAGAAGGAUGGGAAG